CUACUGUGUCUGCAAAAAUUUGAGGAAAUAAUGGAGCGUCGCAGAAUCGGAAUUGGGAUGGUCCUGGCAGUGUUCUAUGGUGUAGAUCCCUUACAUGUAGGUAGUCAAACAGGUGAGUUUGGAGAAGCAUUUGAUAAACUUUUGAACAGAAUUUCUCCGGAGGAAGACCAAGUGCAGAGAUGGAGGAUGGCGCUUCGUGACGCUAGCGGCAUUCCAGGAUUUAAUGGAAGUAAGAGUGAAGAUAUCGGGAAUCUAGUUGGAGUUGUUACUCGUCUGCGGGAUAAGAUAUCCUUGUUCGGCUUUGCUGAGCAAUCAGUGGGAGUAGAAUCUCGUGUACAAGAAGUGAUUCAACUAUUGAACAGCAAAAAAUCAGAACAUCCUCUAGUUCUAGGGAUAUGGGGGAUAGGAGGGAUUGGUAAAACAACAGUUGCCAAAGCCAUCUAUAAACAAAUCGGUCUCAAUUUUGAUGAUAGCAGGUUCAUCCUAAAUGUUAGAUCAGGUUGGGAACAAAAUAAUGGCCAAGCUCCUUUACAAGAAUGGCCUCUUUCUGGUAUCUACAAAAAGACAAAAAUAAAGAUGGGUACAAUUGAAGCAGAAAUAGUGAUAUUAAAGGAAAACAUUCGCCCAAAAAAAUUACUUCUUGUGCUUGACGAUGUGAAUAAAUUUGACCAAUUGAAAGCUUUGUGUGGAAGUCGUGAAUGGUUUGGUCCUGGAAGUGUAAUAAUCAUCACAACAAGAUAUGAACAUCUACUUCUUCAACUUGGAGUUGACCAUGCACAUAGAAUGAAAGAAAUGGACAAAAAUGAAUCUCUUGAGCUUUUUAGUUGGCAUGCGUUCAAACAAGCAAGUCCUACUAAACGUUUUGAGGGCCUUUCUAAUGUUAUAGUUGAAUAUUCUGGGGGAUUCAUGCUAGUUCUUCAAGUCCUUGGGUCCUUUUUAUUUUCUAAAGGAAAAAAGGAGUGGAAUAGUGCAUUGGAAAAACUCAAAAUGAUUCCCCACGAUGAUGUAUUAAGCAAACUCAAAAUUAGUUUUGAUGAUUUAAGGGAUGAAGUAAAAAAAAUAUUCCUUGAUAUAGCUCUUUUCUUUAUUGGGAUGGUUCAAGGUGAUGUAGUGAAGAUAUUAAAUGACUCUGGGCUUUCUGCAAAAUUUGGAAUUAGUGUCCUCGUCCAAAAAGUCCUUGUAACUGUUGACCAGGAGUACAGGCUUGGAAUGCAUGAUAUGCUACGAGACAUGGCAAGAGAAAUUAUUAAGAAGGAAUCACGGAUUCAGCCUGAGCCAAGGAUAUUCGAAUAUGAUGUGUUCUUGAGUUUCAGAGGCAAAGACACUCGUGCAUCAUUCACUUCUCAUCUAUGUACCUCUCUUCAAAAUGCCGCAAUUCGUACUUUUAGGGACGAUGAUGAGAUUCGAAGGGGAGAUCAGAUCAAAAUCUCAUUGUGGCAAGCAAUCAGAAUGUCUAAAAUUAUUGUCAUUGUUUUGUCUAGAAAUUAUGCUAAUUCAAGAUGGUGUAUGGAAGAGUUAGAGUUCAUAAUGGAAAAUUGCAGAACCAAGGGUCAGGUGGUUGUACCUGUGUUCUACGGCGUAGAUCCCUCAGAAGUACGUAAUCUGACAGGUGAGUUUGGUGAAGCUUUUAAAGAUCUUAAAAGUAGAAUCUCAAUGGAUGCAAACCGGGAGAAGAAUUGGAGGAAAGUGCUCCUUGAAGUUGGUGGCAUCGCAGGAUUUGUCGUCAUAGAUUCCAGGGAUGAAACUGAAGAUAUCAGGAAUAUAGUUGAAAGUGUUACUGGUUUGCUAGACAACACGGAUUUGUUUGUUGCUGAACAUCCGGUGGGAAUAGAAUCUCGGGUGCAAGAUGUGAUUCAACUAUUGAACAACCAACAAACAAAACAUCCUCUACUUCUAGGCAUAUUGGGGAUGGGAGGGGUUGGCAAAACAACCGUUGCCAAAGCCAUUUAUAAUGAAGUUGGUCGCAAUUUUCGGGCUAAGAGCUUCCUCCUAAAUGUCAGGGAAGAUUGGGAAAAAAGUAAUGGACAAAUUUCUUUACAACAACGGCUUCUUUCUGAUAUAUACAAAACAACAAAAGUGAAGAUAGAUACAACUGAAUUAGGAAAAGUGGAAUUACAAAAGAGACUUAGCCAGAAAAGGAUAUUUCUUGUGCUUGACGAUGUAGAUAAAUUGGACCAAUUGAAUGCUUUGUGUGGAAGUCGUAAAUGGUUUGGUAGGGGAAGCAGAAUAAUCAUCACAACAAGAGAUAAACAUCUACUUAGUGUGCUUAGAGUUGACCGCCUAUACAGAAUGAAAGAAAUGGACAAAAAUGAAUCUCUUGAGCUUUUUAGUUGGCAUGCGUUCAAGCAAGCAAGUCCUAAUGAAGGUUUUGCUAACAUUUCUAGAGAUGUUGUUAAAUAUUCUGGGGGAUUGCCGCUAGCUCUUCAAGUACUUGGAUCCUUUUUGAAUUCUAGGGGGGUAAGGGACUGGGAGAGUGCAUUGGAAAAACUCAAAAUCAUUCCCAAUCAUGAAAUACUGAGGAAGCUUAAAAUAAGUUUUGAUGGUUUAAAUGAUGAUAAAGUGAAAGAAAUAUUCCUUGAUAUAGCUUUUUUCUUUAUUGGGAAGGAUCGAGAUGAUGUAAUUGAGAUAUUAAAUGACUGUGGGCUUUUUGCAGAAAUUGGAAUAAGCGAACUCGUAGAAAAAAGUCUUGUAACUGUUAACAAUAAGAACAGGCUCGGAAUGCAUGAUUUGCUGCGAGACAUGGGAAGAGAAAUCGUUCGGGAAAAAUCACCAGAGUUGGCCGAGGAGCGCAGUAGGGUAUGGCUCCAAGAAGAUGUGCUUGAUGUGUUAUCAAAAGAUACAGGAACGAUAGCUGUUAAGGGACUGACUUUGAAGUUGCCAAGGAUGGAAACAACAACUGGUUUGAAAACCAAAGCAUUUGAGAAGAUGAAGAGACUGAGAUUGCUUCAACUUGCUGGCAUACAACUUGAUGGUGAUUAUAAAUAUCUCUCACAAGAUCUUAGAUGGCUUUGCUGGGAUGGAUUUCCUUCAAUAUAUACACCUGAAGACUUUCAUCAAGGAAGUUUAGUUGCCAUUGAGUUAAAAUAUUCCAAUAUGCAACAGGUGUGGAUGAAGUCCAAGAUGCUGACGAAGCUGAAAAUUCUCAAUCUCAGUCAUUCUCCUAACUUGAGAGAAACCCCAGACUUUUCGAAGAUACCAAAUCUGAAGAAGUUAAUACUAGGGUUAAUACUCAAAGAUUGUCCACGUUUGUCUUCGGUUUCUGAUACUAUUGAACAUCUCAAAGAAAUUCUUCUGAUAAAUUUGAAAGACUGUACAGGCCUUAGUACACUUCCAAGAAGCAUCUAUAAGUUAAAGACAUUAAAAAUUCUCAUUCUGUCUGGAUGUUCAAAAAUUGACAUGUUGGAAGAGGACUUGGAACAGAUGGAAUCUUUAACCACCCUGAUUGCAGAUAAGACUGCUAUAAAAAGAGUGCCCUUUUCAAUUGUGAGAUCAAAAAGCAUUGCAUAUAUUUCAUUGUGUGGCUAUAAAGGAUCCUCACGUGAUGUGUUUCCAUCUCUUAUAUGGUCUUGGAUGUCUCCAACAAACAUUGUCUUAUCCCAAGUUCAAACAUCUGCGGGCAUGUCAUCUCUAGCUUUCUUAGAUGAACAAAAUAGUAGUUUCCAUGUUCAAUCAUCUACUCUCAAAGACCUUCAGAAGCUUCAACGUCUUUGGGUGGAGUGCGACUCAGAAGUUCAACUAAAUGAAACUGUAGAAAGAAUUUUGGAUACUUUAAAAACCACAAAUUACGAGGAGUUGGAAGCAAUGCCAAGCACAUCACAUGUAUCAAAUAUGAAGACUUCUGCAUUAAUUGUUUGUCACAGUCAAGCUCGCAUUUCAGGAUCAAAAAAUUCCCUGACAUCUCUUUUAAUUCAAAUGGGAAUGAACUGCAAUGUCACCAAUAUUCUUAGAGAAAGCAUUUUACAGAAAAUGUCUCCCAUUGGGCCCGUUUUCCUCCCUAGUGACAAUUAUCCUGAUUGGUUAGCCUUCAGUGGUGAAGGUUCUUCUGUAGUUUUCGAUGUCCCUCAAGUGAAGGAGCGUAACUUGAAGACAAUCAUGUGCCUUGUCUAUAUUUCUUCCCCAGACAGUAUGACACCAGAAGUCCUUAAAAAUAUGUUGGUGAUAAAUUACACAAAGAACACCAUUCAGCUCUACAAGAGAGACGCAUUAACCCCCUUUGAAGACGAGGAGUGGCUGAGAGUAGUAUCAAAUAUAGAACCGGGUAACAAAGUGAAGGUUGUUCUUGUUUUUGAGAACAGAUACAUUGUGAAUUAUACAACAGUUUUUCUCAUAUAUGGUGAACCAAUUAACGAAAAAUUGGAGCACUGCCAUACACCAGAUAAAAAUGCUGUUGUUUCUGGUGGUGAUGAAAAUAGUAUAAGCAAGGAGAAUUCAGAUCCCCCCGCUCAAGCUGAAAUGUUUUUUGGAAAUCGACAAAGGAAGAAGGGAAAGCAGAUAAACCAAGAAACAAAUAAUGCAAUUGUAAGUUUAUCUUUAUAA